GUCUUUUUAUUUAUUGUAUUUUUUUUUAAAAUAGAUGUCAAGGAUGUCAAAUUUGUACUCAAUUAUGAUUUCCCUACUAACAUUGAAGAUUAUGUACAUCGUGUGGGUCGUACUGGUCGUGGUGGUCGCACUGGUUCCUCAAUCACAUUCUUUACUACUGACAAUGCUCGUCAAGCUCGGGAACUAAUCAAUAUCCUUCAAGAAACCAACCAGGAAAUUGAUCCUCGAUUACAAGCUAUGGCUGCUGCUGGAAGAGGUAGUGGCGGUGGACGAGGUGCACGAGGUGGUCGAGGAAGAGGUCGUGGUGGUUAUGGACGGGGAAGUUAUGGAGGUGCUUCUUAUGGUAAGUUAUAA